CCUGGUAAGCAAUUCGGCCUUAUCGCAAAUCAGUUCAAAUAGUGUGCAAAGGGCAUCGCAAAACCAGACUGUUUACACUCUAUAUAUUACCUCCCAUUAAAGUUUGCAUGUUCAGAAUAGUUUCAGACCUACAACGCGGCGACAAUGUCAGAUGCAGCGCUAGCAAUUAGAAAUGCAGUAAACGAGAAGCAUGUAGAUGGCGGCAAACGCUAUUAUUUAUAUAAGUGCAUCAGUGACAAAAGCACGCGCCAUCCGAUCGAAAAUAUGUACAAAGGAAUUUGUGCAAAUCUGCUGGAGCAACCAAAGGAAACUGUCCUGCAAUGGUUGAACAGCUUUGAUACGAUCAUCAGUGAUUGUGAUGGUGUUAUUUGGCUCGGCGAUACUGUCAUCGAAGGCGCUGUGGACACUAUGCGCUACCUAAAACAGUCGAGGAAGAAGAUUUUCCUCUGCACUAACAAUUCAACGAAAACGCGCCAACAGCUAUACGAGAAAGCACACUCUAUGGGUUUCGAUAUUCCUGCCGAGCAAAUAAUCUCCUCGUCGAAUUCGGCCGCAUCCUAUUUAAAGGCACACAAUUUCCAGCGAAAAGUCUAUGUGAUAGGCACUGCAGGUAUUGCCUCCGAACUUGAUGCUGUGGGCAUAAAACAUACUGGCGUCGGACCCGAUGUAAUGUCAAGCAGGUUAAGCGAGUAUAUAAAAGGUGGCUUUUGUAAAGAUUCCGAUAUUGGUGCGGUGGUUGUGGGCUUCGAUGUACAUUUCAGUUUCUGUAAAAUGAUUAAGGCAGCAGUUUAUUUGGAUGAUCCAAAAUGCUUGUUCAUUGCUACAAAUACAGAUGAACGUUUUCCCAUGCCUGGCAUGGUUAUACCCGAUGCGGGUAGCAUUGUGCGUACUGUGCAAACGUGUACAGGACGAGAGCCUGUAGUGAUAGGCAAACCGAAUCGUCGAAUUUGUGAGCAUUUGAUUGAGAAUAGGAUCAUAGAACCGAGACGUACGCUCAUUGUGGGCGAUUGUUGCAGCAGUGACAUUUUGUUGGGCUUUAAUUGUGGUUUCCAAACUAUGCUCGUCGGGACGGGCGUAAAUCAAAUGAAUGAUGUUGAGUUGUGGAAGAAAUCCUCUGAUCCUGAACACAAGAAACUCAUACCCGAUGUCUUCUUGCCGAGAUUAAGUGACUUGUUGACAUUUAUCAAGUAGAAGAGAGUUGAUUAAAAUGCCUAUUCAUAAGGAUUAAAACACGCUUAUAUAAACACUUAAAAUUCAAAAUGCAUAACAGACUAAGCUAAGUGAUUAUUAAGAAUAUUCGGGAAAUAUUUUAUAAUUUUGUAGCUGCUGGUUUCAGUGAAAAAUGUAUAAUAGAUUUUUACAUACACAAUUAUGUUAAAAAAAAUAUUUGAAAUUCUUAUCAAAA